CAUCGCCCCCAUGUGGUCAUAAUAAAUCAUUACAGCUGCUGCACAUCCUGACCGCCAGGUGUCGCUGUGGAAUAUUCAGGACCUGAAAUCGCGUGAACGGCUUCCUGAGUAUUUUAGUUUCUGCUUGUCACCGCGGCGUGUAAACACCUACACACGGAACUGAGCCCAUCACAAACUUAUUUUUUUUUUAAAUAUUUUAUUAAGGUGACUGGGAAGGCUUGCGUGGUCCUCACGUUACAAGAAGUCUAAAAAGAAAGGGUUGCUUCAUUGUGAGGACGGAGCGUUCCAUCACGACCAUGGCAGAGGCGACCGUGGACCGGGGCUGGGAGGACUCCCAGCUCCGACAGUACUCCUUCCCCAUCAAACCCAUUCCCAGGCUUUCCCACACGGACCCCAGGGCAGAGAUGCUGAUAAACAACGAGGAACCGGUGGUUUUAACAGACACAAACCUCGUAUAUCCAGCUCUCAAGUGGGACAUCCCGUACCUCCUGGAGAACAUUGGGAAUGGAGAUUUCUCCGUUUACACUUCAGAAAACCACAAAUUCCUCUAUUAUGAUGAGAAGAAAAUGUCCAGCUUUGAGAACUUUGUUCCCAAGUCUCGACGGAUGGAAAUGAAAUUCUCUGAAUUUGUGGAUAAAAUGCAUCAAACGGAGGAAAUGGGAGGACAGGAGAGAGUCUAUUUGCAGCAGACACUGAAUGACACAGUAGGAAAGAAGAUUGUUGUUGAUUUUCUUGGUUUUAACUGGAACUGGAUCAACAAGCAGCAAGCCAAGAGAAACUGGGGACCGCUGACAUCUAACCUGCUGCUUGUAGGCAUGGAGGGCAAUGUGACACCAGCACAUUAUGAUGAGCAGCAGAACUUUUUUGCACAGAUUAAAGGUCAUAAAAGAUGCAUCCUUUUCCCUCCAGACCAGUUUGAGUGUCUCUAUCCGUACCCCGUCCAUCACCCCUGUGACCGACAGAGCCAAGUUGAUUUUGAUAACCCUAACUAUGAGAAAUUCCCAAAUUGUAAAAAUAUUGUUGGUUAUGAAGCUGUUGUGGGACCUGGAGAUGUUCUAUACAUCCCUAUGUAUUGGUGGCAUCACAUUGAAUCUUUAUUGGGCGGAGGAGUAACGAUCACUGUAAACUUCUGGUACAAAGGAGCUCCCACGCCUAAGAGGAUAGAAUACCCACUGCGAGCUCACCAGAAGGUUGCCAUCAUGAGGAAUAUUGAAAAGAUGCUGGGAGAAGCACUUGGAGACCCACAUGAGGUUGGACCUUUACUAAAAACCAUGAUCAAAGGAAGAUAUGACCAGGAUCACAGUUAGAACUCGAGCUUUUUGACUAUUAAAUAGACUGCUCUGGAAACUGUUGGCAUGUGAAAGUUGCAUUGCGGUGUGUGAU